AUGAAACUCUUCGAAGAUGAAGCGAGAGAAAUUUAUGAUGGAAACGACCUCAAGGAGUUAAAUUCAAUUUACAUUAAAGAUAGAAUUAUCGCGGAGAAAUUAGAAAAGCUUAUUCCAAAAGCUCACGAGCAAGUUCUCGAGAAGCAUAAAGAUCAUACUGGACCUCAAUUAGAGUUGGUAACGAACCAGUUAGGUACCAUAGGUUUCAAAGCUGACAUUGAAGACAUAAACUCGCUCGACCAAUUGGUGGAGAUUAUGAAAAAUUCAGCAGUCGAAAGGAAACAUGUUAAAGCUGUCGGAACUUUCUCUUCUUUUGGUCCAGUCACACAGACCAAUGGGUACCUCUUGAAAACAGACCAAUACAUCGGAAUCUCGAAAACUGAUGUGAACAUUAUUAAAGAAGAUGUGCAAAAGCAAGCAGAAAAAGAUGAUACCGUUUAUUAUGAUGUGAAAUGUGGUACACAACUUAAAGAUGUAAUUACGACCUUGAAGAAAGACGGGAGGGCACUAUUUAACUUGAGUGGAUGGGGCGGUCAGCGUAUAGUCGGUUUGAACUCGACAUCCACACAUGGAAGUGGCGUUACACUUCAACCGUUGUGUGGGGCUGUCGUUUCGGUAAACAUGGUCGUCCCUGGUGGAAAACUCUAUCGCAUCGAACCAACAAAAGGAAUUACAGACCCAACGAAAUUCCAUUCACAAAAUCCAAACACAAUCUUAAUUCAGGAUGAUGAAACUUUUAACGCCUCUGUAGUCCACAUCGGUGCUCUCGGGGUAGUUCAUUAUAUCACCCUUAUUACCGUUCCGUUAUAUCACAUAAUCGAAACCCGAGAGGAAGUCACCUGGGAACACACUAAAUCUAUUUUAAGUCAAAAACCCUAUAAUGAUAAUCCUUACCUUGGAAAUAGAAAUUGUGAAGUGUGGAUUAGUCCAUACACUGAUUACGUUCUUGUUUCCAGACGUAAUAUUGCCGCCCAAGAGGAUCAACAAAAACAUCCAAAGUCGAAAGCGAAUGAAAUUUUAGGUGAAUUCUUAAAUUUGCCGGUAGUCGCUGCAACGGCAAAGAUUCUGAGCAUUGGUCUGGGAGGUGCCUUGUUCUUGUUAUUAAAUUUAUUUCCCGCCACCGUACCGCUUAUGAUUGAGAGCGCCGUGAAAACUCAAUAUCAUAAGGACCCUGUUGUUGAUACUUAUGAUAAUGUCUACAUAUUUAACAGUGGUGCGUUUAUAAAUGACUUCAAGGUUAUGGCGAUAGAAUUUUCAUUUCCUAUGAAAGAUAAUGUAUUCAUAAAAGCUAUGGAUGCAAUUUUAAUAAAGCUUAAAGAUUUGAGGAAGAAACAUAAUUUAACCAUUAAUGGACCAGCAGCGAUGAGAUUCUCGGCGGCUUCACCACAAUAUCUAUCUAUGGCCUAUAGCGAAGAUAAUGACGAGCCUAGAGCAUAUGUCGAGAUGCCUCUUCUUAUAUAUGACACUCGCAUUGAUUAUUUUAGGCAUCUCUAUGAUCCACUGGUUUCCGUUGCCCUCAAAUACAACGGCAGAUGCCACUGGGGACAAUACCUUUCGGUUGACCUCGAUCACAAAUAUCUCAUUGACGCAUUCUCUCCUAAAGCCGUGAAAUCAUUCUGCGAACAAAUAAAGAAAUUUGAUCCGGAUGGGUUAAUGGGUAAUGGGUUAACUAGAAAACUAGGAUUGACCCCGGAUGGUAAAUGGUUUGCAAAUGCUUUGGACGAUUUUACCACUAGUGAUAAGGGACAUGUGUUUGAGUUUAGUAAUGGUGAGAAAUUUAAAGACAAAUUGGAGAAAUUUUUCAAGAUUAAAUAG